AUGAAGAACCAGACAACUGUGACAGAAUUCAUUCUACUUGGAUUCUCUGCAACUAAGAGACUGGAACCUCUGAUCUUCGCUUCUUUUUGCAUUACAUAUACUAUUGCUUUGCUGGGCAACCUUGUUAUUAUUACAUUGGUAUGGUGUGAUCACAGCCUCCAUAGCCCAAUGUACAUCUUUAUUGCCAAUUUAUCUUUUUUAGAGACUCUUUACACCACCACAGUUAUUCCUAAAAUGCUAGUCAACUUCAUGAAUCAAAGAAAAUCAAUUUCCUCUCAAAAUUGCAUUUUGCAAGCUUACUUCUACUUUUCAGCAGGUUCCUCAGAGUUCUUCCUCUUAGCAGUCAUGUCAUUUGAUCGUUACAUUGCCAUUUGCAAUCCACUGAGGUAUACCGCUAUCAUGAACACAUCAUUUUGCAUCAAACUCUUAGCUGCUUCUUGGAUGUGGGGUUAUUUUGUCGUGAUCACACCAACUACCUUGUUAGGCCAGUUGAAAUUCUGUGGUCCUAACACCAUCAACCAUUUCUUUUGUGAUGUUGAUCCUCUUCUAAAGUUGGCUUGCUCUGAUACAAGAACUAUUGAGAUUAUUAAUUUUGUAAAUUCAGCCUUGCUCCUUUUAGGAUCAUUGCUGGUAACAGGGAUCUCCUAUAUUUUUAUUAUUGCAACAGUAAUUCACAUCCCCUCAGCCAAAGGCCGCCAGAAAGCAUUUUCAACAUGUGCAUCACACCUAAUUGUAGUGAUUCUUUUCUAUGGAAGUUCUAUUUUCAUUUAUGUUCAGCCACAAAACAGCCACUCAUUAGACCUCAACAAAGUGGCCAGCAUUCUGAAUACAGUAAUAACCCCCCUAUUGAAUCCUUUCAUUUAUAGCUUGAGAAACAAGCAAGUUAAGGAAGCCUUGACACACUUUACCAGCAAGAAAAUAUCCCCACUGCUUAACAUCAAAGUUCUAAAAAGGGGGAAUGCGUCUUUACAUUGCAUGAGAGUAGAAACCAAAUGAAAGGAUAUGCCCAAAGAGAGUUGGUUUCAAUGUCCUCAUGCAUUUAAGGUUACAAUUCUGUAAAGGUUAUCUAGAAGCUGACUCCAUUUAAUUCAGAAGUGCCUAUUCCUGUGCAACUAUUCACUGUCCAGGAGCAAGUUAACUUUCAUAUUUACCUCCAUCAAUGAUGAUUGGAGGGAAUUACAUGACACUGAAAAUCCUUUCCACUCUACCAAUAGCAUCCUACAAGUUGUGAUGACUCAAAGUUCUGACAUCGAAGGGGGUGGGGUCCAAAAAAGGAAUGGCAAGGGAAGGAUGUUCAAUAUUCCCAACUCAAUUAAUCUUUGUGUAUGGGAAGAAAGUAACAUCAUUCUUGGAGUAGAUAUAAAAAACUUUAAAAAUUAUGAAUAGGAAAAAAAAUACUUUUUUUCUGUUAAUCCUCAAUCAAAUGGUACGAUUAUUUCAUAUGAGUUAGUCUUCAUUAAGCCCAUUAUUUUCAAUGACUAUACCAUAUAAUUACAUAUUUAUCCAUUUUUAUGUGAUCCAAAAAUUAUAUUUCAAGUAAAUUAUACAAAUUUAGGCCAUUUACAAGUGUACACAUAGUAUUUGAUUUAUACAUUUACAUAUUUAUACCCAGAUUUUUGGAGAAACUAAAUUUUUCAUCAAAAUGACAAAAUGUCUAUUGCAGUAUCAGAAAUUAUAAAAUUCUUAUCUUUCUAUGUGACACAAAUACAAAUAUGGUAACAUUUAUAGCAACAUUGCAGUACAUAGUUCAUAUUUAACAAUAUGAUAAAAUAGCUGAAGACUUCAUCCAUUUCCUACUGUCAGACCAUUUUCAUACCCUGAGAACACUGGAAGACCAUUUUUUUGCAAAAAAUAAAAUAAAAUAAAA